AUGAACUCAACAAGAGGACCGCAGGUUCUGAGCCGAGACCCAUUCGCCAUAGCAUUCACAAAGAACUUCAUUCUGGUUGGCCUGUGGUUCAGCUUGAGCUACAUCAAUGCCACUGUGGUGGCUACCUUCUUCAGCAACCCUGCCUUCUAUGAGGACCCACGCUACAUCCUCUUCAUCCACACAGUCCUCAAUGAUGCCGUGCAGCUGACCAUCUCCGUCGCCCUGUUUGUGGUGAGCUACAUCUACUACACCAUCAACGUGUCCAUCUGCUGCAUCUUCCUGCUCGUGGCCGUCUUCACCACACGCAAUACCCCAGUGAGCCUGGCCAGCAUGGCUGUGGAGCGUUACAUUGCAGUAUGCCUUCCACUACGCCAUGCCCAGAUCUGCACCGUGCACCGCACCUACCUCCUCAUUGGCCUCACCUGGUUCAUUUGUGUUGUGCCCGAUGUCACCGACUUGUUUGUGACGCUGGCCACUGAGCCACUCACUUUCUUCCAAUCUUCCGUAUUUUGCUUGCGCCAGAAUGUCUUCAAGGACCACAUGCUCUUGUACAAGCGGCAGGCCUUUGAUGCCCUCUACUUCUUGCUGGUCUUCCUCACGCUUGUCUACACAUAUCUCCGGGUGCUAUUCGCCGCACGGGCCAUCACAGUGCAGAAGGCAUCGGCCCAGCGGGCGAGGAACACCAUCCUGCUGCACGUUGCUCAGCUGCUCAUGUGCUUGCUCUCGUAUGUUUCACCCAGUGUCGAGGUUGUCCUAAACGUCCUUUUCCCCAGCUACAUCCUGGAGAUGCGUUAUGCCAAUUACCUCAUCGUGUACAUCAUGCCACGUUUUCUAAGCCCAAUUAUAUAUGGGGUCCGUGACCAAAGGUUCUGUAAGUAUCUCAAGCGGUAUUUUGUGAGCAAUCGGUGUAAAACUAAUGCAAGAGUAGACAACCAGCAUGAAGAAAAUUAA